UUCCACUUCACUGUAAUACAGUCCUUCUCAAUCUUCCUCUGUCUUGACCAUUCCCAUUUCUUUUUGGUUUGUAUCGUCAUGUCAUUCAUGUUUUUCUACAUUAGAGAGCUGUGCUUUUAUGAGUCGGAAAAAUGACUCGAUAUCGUCACAUAGGCCUGGCAUAGGACUUUAGAAUCUUUGCAACGGUUUGAUAAGACUCUUCACUCUGACACGAAUCAGAUUGCAAUUUUACUUGAAUGAAAAUACAAGCAGGCUUGCAACCGUCGUCUUGCGACCAUUUUUCGUACCUGCAGUCUGCUGAGCGAUGGUGUGUAUUUGAGCGCAGAAUCAUAUUUGGUAAACCAAACACAUUGCUUGUCUGAAUGUUUUCCUUAGGAUCACACGGCUACAGUUCGUGAGUCCAAGGCCAGCCUCUAGCAAAAAUCGUCGUCACACGUUUUAAGUAAUCAUGAUAGUGUCGAUAGAGUGCCUGUAGAGCGCGCGGACCAGGAUAGAUGGAAUUGGCAUGGAGAUCAUUUUGCACACCACAGGAAAUCCGCGUCAUCAUCGAAAACAAUUGAAGGGCUUGUCAUUUGAGAGGCAGGGCAGGAAAAAUGCAAAUGAAACGUGAAACGUAAUCCGACCUGCGGAAUAACAGCAUGUUUCACUGAAACUUCCGAUCAUUUCGCGGCUAUCAAACUUUGGGUGCCAAAUUUUCAUGUACCGUCGCAUGUGCUAAAAUGUCGACGGCGCCAGUCCAUUUCUCUUCUUUAACCCCUGCAAAAUGCCGCGUACUAUUCCUCAUCGUCCUUGUUCUGUGUUUAGCCAGAAGUGGCUCAACUUGCCCGGAGAAUUGCCUCUGCUACCGGACACAAGCCGGGCCGACAGUUCGCUGUAAUCACCAUUCUCUGUCAAGAAUACCAAGUGUCCCUUCAUCGACAGUUGUCUUGGAUUUGCGGUUCAACAACAUAUCAAUAAUCGAGGAUGGAGACUUGGCCGAGCUUCGACACCUCACUACCCUAUUCCUCAGCGGAAAUAAUAUCCACACAAUUGAAGCUGAGGCCUUCAGUGGAUUGUCGUCGCUCAAAUAUCUAUAUUUGUUCAAUAAUAAGCUAAGAUGGAUACACGAGAACGCUUUUAGUGGCCUCAACUUUCUUGAACAGUUAUAUUUGUACCUAAAUGAAAUAGAAUAUAUUCCAGUAGAUGCUUUUAGUGACCUAACUGCUUUGGAAAGACUAUAUCUCCAUCACAACAGAUUGAAGUCUCUUCCAAGGGGAUUGUUCAAGAAUCUUCAUGCACUAAGAAGACUGUAAGUUAGAAUGAAAGCGCACAAGUUUACGGCCAUUAAUGAUAUUCUUGGUUUUCACCAGUCAUGUGAUCAAAACUAAAAAUCGUAACCAUUCAAUAAAUAAAUUCAAGAAUCUAGGAUAUGAUAGAUGAUUGCUAUAUAAACAACCUCGCCAAGAAUCAGGUUUCUGCUGUUGUUCAUUCGCCCGUUAUUCGCAGAA